UCUCCCGGCGCGUUCAACUUGUUUGAAUCACCGGUGGUAAACAGCAAACAUGGCUGCCUCCAUGAGGAGAGCAGCUCACGACAUAGAAACGCGAAAGAGGACCGAAGAUGUGCUUCUGGCGGAGGGGAUUGACUUCGGCUCUCUGCUGUUGUCUCAGGCCGUGCUGGACGGACUGUCCUCCGCGGGGUUUCAGAAACCGUCCCCGAUCCAGCUCAAGGCGAUCCCGCUGGGCCGCUGCGGACUCGAUUUGAUUGUACAAGCCAAGUCUGGGACAGGAAAGACAUGCGUGUUCGUCACCAUCGCCCUAGACUCUCUUAUUUUGGAGAAUCCCUCCACUCAGGUUCUCGUUUUGGCUCCGACACGUGAGAUCGCCGUGCAGAUCCACUCGGUGGUGAUGGCCAUCGGCUGCGCCAUGGAGGGCCUGGAGUGUCAUGUUUUCAUCGGGGGGCGGCCUGUGAGCCAAGACAAAGCCCAUCUGAAGAAGUGUCACAUUGCCGUGGGCUCGCCUGGUCGGAUCAAGCAGCUGAUUGAGCUGGGCAUGUUGUCCACCGGCAGCGUCAGGCUGUUUGUCCUGGACGAGGCAGACAAGCUGCUGGAGGAGGGCAGCUUCCAGGAGCAGAUCAACUGGAUCUUCUCGUCCCUGCCUGUCAACAAGCAAAUGCUUGCGCUCUCUGCCACCUACCCAGAAUCCCUUGCUCAACACCUUACCCGCUACAUGAACGAGCCCACUUUUGUUAGACUCAAUCCGAGCGACAUGGGCCUGAAAGGUCUGAAGCAGUACUACAAGCUGCUGCCGUCUCAUCCGCUGCCUCACAAAGUCUUUGAGGAGAAGGUGCAGCACCUGCUCGAGCUGUUCAGUAAAAUCCCAUUCAACCAAGCGUUGGUGUUUUCUAACCUCCACACCAGGGCUCAGCACCUGGCAGACAUCCUGUCCUCCAAAGGCUUACCUGCAGUUUGUAUUUCAGGUGGUUUGAGUCAGGACCAGAGGCUCGAGGCGAUGUCCAAGCUGAAGCAGUAUCAGUGCAGAGUUCUCAUCUCCACCGACCUGACUUCCAGGGGAAUAGAUGCAGAGAAAGUGAACCUGGUGAUCAACCUAGAUGUGCCACAAGACUGGGAAACCUACAUGCACCGAAUCGGACGCGCCGGGCGGUUUGGCACUCAGGGGAUGGCCGUGACCUACUGCUGCCACGGGGAAGAGGAGAACAAGAUGAUGGCCAUUGCUCAGAAGUGUGGCCUCAGUUUGUCUGCUUUACCUUCCGCCUUGGAGCCUGGUUUGAUGGAUGAGCCGUGCGACUGGGACGUGUGCGCCGACGCUGCUGCUCCAGACACGAUAUCGCCGCUGAUUUCCAGAACCGUAAAGAAAAAGCGUACAAAGGUCGAAGCUCCGGCGUCUGAUGUCACCAGGGAUGAAGCUGGAGAGUCCAGCAAUCAGAGGCCAGAUAAAACCCAAACAGCAACCCUGACACCACGGCAUGAAGAAGAGGGUGAAAGGCAGGUGACUUCUAUCGGGGUGAAGAGGCAGCAGCAGCAGCAGCAUCGUCCUUCUGAAGUGGCGCCAACUCGUAAAGAGCUACAAGACGCCCUGCCAAAGAUCCCGCCCCUCAGCUCAUUCAAGACCAGCCGGUCAACAUUUGUGACGUUGGAGGAGGCAGAGCUGGACUUCCACACCUUCAUCACUGCAGGUUUGGGGAGGACAGUAGAGGUCAUCAGGGAGUUCAGAGGCAGAGAGUCCGGAGAUGAGACUAGCUACAAUGAGCACAUCACACUGCAUGAUGACGGGGCCGCGGCUUUGACCCAAAGCAGUAAAUGGUUACAGUCACUUUCUGAUUCCUCCAGCUCAGACGUUGGUGUCAGACCCGAAGGUUUGCACGAGACCACAGAAGCGGAGCAAAAGACAGUUUUUAAGCAUGGCACUGGAUCUGCAUCUACCGUGCCCAAAUCCUCUGCAGCCGGAGUCUACCAGCAGGAAACCUGCACAACAAUCACGAGAGCUCCACCUGAGCCUCAGAGCAACGAGUCUGUAAGAAGGAAGCAAGCCAGUCAGAACACACCAGGGCAGAAUCGCAGGGAGAAGUCCGCAAAAAUAAAAGACAGCAGAAAGUUGGCAGAGAAGAUUAAAAGAGAGCCGAAGAGGGAGACCGAUGAAGAGGAGUGCAUGGAGGCCGAGGAGGACUGGAGCUCUGAGGCGUACUGGAAAGCCUGCUAUGAAGCCUGGAGCGACUACUACUCUGCUAUGUCGGCUUUUCCAGAGCAGGGCUACCAGAGCUACUACAGCGUAGCUCACAACUGGAUGGCCGCGUAUCGCAUGAAUGCAGUCUACAUGCAGGAACUCAUGAAACACUAAUUCAGCAUUUCCAGUCAUUUACGGUAGAAAAUGUCGGCAAUCAGUGACCGGACACAACAAGAAGGUUUGGGUUUGGGUCGAAAUGAUGCACUGCAAUUCUGUAUUCCUUAGUUAAUUCAUACCACAUAUGUGUGUUUUCAAUUAUUUUUUGGAAUAAAUUAUCCCGAAUAACUACAGUAA